AUGAGGAGAUGCCAUCUGUUUUCUCGUGGAUGGUAUUGGUCAGGCUUCCCGAAUUCUGUUGAAGUGACAUGGCUUAAACAGGUGGGCUCUGGCCGUACCCACAGCAUUCGUAUUUAUCGGGUUCGUCAAACGGCCGGUGGCAAGACAAGACCCGAAGUGUCUCAUCAAUUUUUAAAAAAAAAAAAGACGUCGAUACCUGGAACGAAGACGCUGAUAGCUGCCAAAAAAAUUGUUCAUUCAUUGCGAGUAGUGAACGACCUAGCUGAGCGCGGUGUUGCUUUAAUGGAAGAAUAUAAUAAAUUAAUGACCACAAAUGAAGAACAAAAAAAAUAUUGGCUUUUGUUGGUAAAAGAGUAG